ACAGUAGUUCAAAGUCGAGAUCCGUUCUGCGAGCUUAGUACAAUCAAUUGAAAUAGCCACAUUACCGUGAGGUUAAUUGGAAAAUAUCAGCAUUUCAGUGUAGAGUGAAAUCAGUGAAAAGUGUGCGCCAUGGCCGACAACGAGCAGAAAGCGAUGCAGCUGAUCGCGGAGGCAGAAAAGAAACUAAACUCUUCGAAAAGUUUCCUGGGCUCGCUAUUUGGCGGAGGUUCCAACAAAGUGGAGGAAGCGGUGGAAUGCUAUCAACGGGCGGCAAACAUGUUUAAGAUGGCCAAGAAAUGGAGCCAAGCUGGAUCGGCCUUCUGUGAGGCGGCAAAUCUUCAUGCGAAAGCGGGCAGUCGCCAUGAUGCUGCCUCAAAUUAUGUAGAUGCCUCAAACUGCUACAAAAAGACCGAUCCGAAUGAGGCCGUCAACUGCCUGUUAAAAUCCAUAGACAUCUACACCGACAUGGGACGCUUCACUAUGGCAGCCAAGCAUCAUCAGAGCAUCGCCGAAAUGUACGAAAAUGAAGCAAAUGAUUUGCAACGGGCAGUACAGCACUAUGAGCAAGCGGCAGACUAUUUCAAGGGCGAAGAAUCGACUAGUUCGGCCAACAAGUGCAUGUUGAAGGUUGCACAGUAUGCGGCCCAGCUGGAGGACUACGAGAAGGCGAUUCAAAUUUACGAGCAAGUGGCUGGAUCGUGUCUGGACAGCUCGUUGUUGAAGUACAGUGCCAAGGAGUACUUCUUCCGCGCUGCCCUUUGCCACCUGAGUGUGGAUUUGUUGAACGCCCAGCACGCGCUGGAGAAAUACGCACAGCAAUACCCGGCGUUCCAGGACUCGCGGGAGUAUAAGCUUGUGAAGGUCCUUUGCGAACACUUGGAGGAGCAGAAUGUUGAUGGAUUCACCGAAGCCGUCAAAGAGUACGACAGCAUCUCCAGGCUGGAUCAGUGGUACACAACCAUUUUGCUGCGCAUCAAGAAGCAGGCCAACGACAAUCCGGACCUGCGAUAAAAAGUGCACCGAACACCCACCAGUAGGUCCUUUCGGCGUCCUCAUCGAAACACGGCUCAUCGAAGGCCAUCACACCGCCCUUUACAUUUGAAUCGAUUGAUUUCACCGAUUGUGACACAAACGUCCGGUGUUAUUGUUUUCUCCUAAACAUUAGGCAGUGUUGAUGUUGCAACCACACUUUUAAACUCAUCUAUCCCACUUGUGCAACAAUGGAAAUUACGGAAACGACACACAAACACACAAUUUUAUCUUCCCUAAGUACGAUACAAAAAGAAAUUAUUCGCUGAGUAGCAGUACAGUGUAAAAAAAUAUCGAACACCACCCCUAGCAUAAAAAUGCCACCAAGACAACCCAUUUUUCUCAACAAGAUCGAUCCCGAUACAAUUGAGAGCCGAUCUUGUAUUGCUACACCAGCACCUCGACACAACUGUCCGCUUUCUCUUCCACCAUUACGGAUUACGUUGAGGCUUGGUAGCAAGCUUGUAAUUUUCGUUUUGUUAAUAAAUCUAGCUACCGUAGGUAUUAAGACGUUAAGCAUUACAAAAUCUAGGUAAGAGCACGUCCGUACGCGGACUGAAUGAAAUUACCGAUGCAUCUGGAUUCGACAGCAUACCAAUUAGCGUUAAAGCCAAUUAUUGUGCAUCGUUUAUCACCGCGCUGUUUGCUGGACGUGGACAUAUUUUUAACUUAUGUUUUGUUCUCUUGUUCGUUCCGUUCUGCAGCAUAAUAACAAUUAUACAAUGCAAUUGAGUGAAACAGUGCAACCCAAGCAGAUAGAACGACGUUCGUUCAUAGGCUAGUGAAAGCGGACCCGUUCUGCCAGACGAACCUUUUCUCAUCGAAGUUGGUUGCGAUGGGUGGCGGGGAUCGAUUGCAGUCCAGCUAAACAUGCAUUAGCGUUUGUGUAGUGCGGGCAUUAAGAUACAAAACAAAGAAUAAAAAAAACUAGUAAUCGUUUGCUGCAAAUCGAAAUAGAGCAAAUAGUAAAAGCAAGUAAAAAUAUUUAUCUUACAUCUAAAUCGACCGCGCAGGCAAUAGAAAGUUAGAAUCAAUCACAUUGUUACUAAAAUAUACCUAUACUCGUGGCUAUGCUGGCUCGUGUGCAUAUGAAGGUCCCUGCCGCAUCAGCAUAUUUAAAAUUCCUACCGAGCACCCUCAGAAGUAUGUAGAAGUUGCCCGAAACUCCAAGUUCGUUGGCGUACACACACAUAGAGGAAUAGAACAGCGCAACAGAUUAGAGGAUAAGCAGAGAUGCAGCUACAACUGGAUGCGAAGACAAAAUUAUAACAACAAAACAAAAAACAAGUCAACCAACUUGGAGAAUGAAAUUAUCACUUUCUUGAUCAAAAACACACACAAGUAAAUUGAACUAUUGUUGUGGAAACAGUAAUAUUAUCCUCGAUAAUGCGAAAAAUUACGAUGCGGAGGUAAACGGAAAGUACAGCUAAAUAUACUAAUGACUACAUGUUUCCAAUUGAAUUGCAAUAACAAAAUAACGUGAAUGAAGUCAAUAAAUAAAAAUCAA